AUGUCUCUCACAAACCUCGACCUCGUAAACCAAUGCGAUGGUUUCCCAUAUCCCGAUGUGAAUUCGGAGACAUAUCUGGCAUCGAUCAACACUUACUACCAGCUGCGCGUCUCAGGCUACAAUUAUGCAUUGGGUUACAUGCUCCCGUCUGUCGUCGAGGUGUUCCGUGGGGUACCCAGCUGGGAAAUUGACGAUGACGCUCGCAUCCUCUACCUCGUCGGCGGUUCUACUGCGGAUGAGCGAUCGCAAGCGGUAGAAACGACACUGCUGGCUAUGCGACAGACGGGUCACUUCAAGGUACUGGAUAAGUGGCGAGGAGAACUGUACGCCGUGUAUGGCAUUGGCAAAGAAUUACUAUUUAACGUGGAGAGGAGCGCCAGUUGCCUGUUUGGGGUAGUCACGUAUGGGGUGCAUCUCACAGCGUUCACAAGAAAGGAGGGGGAAUUGAAAAUUUGGACACCGAGACGGGCCCGUACCAAGCAGACAUACGGUGGUAUGCUAGACAAUGCGGUAGCGGGCGGCAUUGCAUCGGGUGAGUCGCCAUUUGAAAGUCUUGUGAGGGAGUGUGGAGAAGAGGCCUCACUUGGGGAAGAGUUGGUUCGGUCAAAGGCAAAAGCGAGUGGCACAGUCACAUACUGGUACAUUCGAGACGAGAGAGCAGGGGGGGAGACGAACUUGAUGCAGCCAGAGGUUCAAUACGUAUAUGAUCUCGAACUUCCCGAAGACACGAUACCAAAGCCCGGCGACGACGAAGUUGAGGAGUUCUACCUGUGGAGUGUGGAGGAAGUGCAAGAAGCUAUGAGGAGGGGCGAGUUCAAGCCCAACUGCGCGCUGGUCGUGCUAGACUUCCUGGUUCGACACGGCAUUCUCACUACGGAGAACGAAAGAGACUACAUUGAAAUUGUGAGUCGGCUGCACAGAAAACUCGAGUUCCCUACGCUGUAA